AUGAAAAAGACCAACCAACUAUAUGAUCUUAUUAGUAUGAGAAAUGCACUUUUCUCUGAAGUUGUCAUUGGGGUCUCAGCCAACAUCAUCCUUCUUCUCUUCCACAUCUUCAGGUUUCUUCUCCAGCACAAGCUGAAGCCCACUGACUUGAUCAUUGGACUCUUGGCUCUAAUCCACAUAGGGUUGCUGAUAAUUAUUGGGCACACUGCUACAAAUAUUUUUGUGCCUCAGGUCUUUUUGGAUAACAACAAAUGUAAAUCAUUGAUCUAUUUGUACAGGUGUUUGAGGGACUUCUCCAUUUGUGCCACCUGCCUGCUGAGUGUCCUCCAGGCAAUCACCUUCAGUCCCAGGAGCUCCUGCUUGGCAAAGUUCAAACAUAAGUCCCCACAUCAGAGUCUGUGUUCCCUUGUGUUCCUGUGGGUGCUCUACAUGUCCCUGAGUCCUCACUUCUCAAUCUCUCCUACUGUGAUCCCCAAUGUGACCUCACGUGGUCUUGUAAUUAUUACUGAAUACUGCACAAUUUUACCACUGAGUUACUUCCUCAGGCAUUUAUUUUAUGUAUUAGGUGUAUUCUGGGAUGGCUUUCUUAUAGGGCUCAUGGCUCUCUCAAGUGGGUACAUGGUGACCCUCUUGUGCAGGCAUAAGAAGCACUUCCAGAAACUUCAUAUCACCAGUGUUUCUCCCAGAGCAAACCCUGUACAGAGGGCCACCAGGACCAUCCUGCUGCUCAUGAGUUUCUUCAUGCUCAUGUACUGUUUGGACUGCAUCUUUUCUUCCUUAAGGCCUAUGUGGAACAAUGACCAUGUUUGUCAAUUUAUCAAGAUGAUGGUGGCUAAUGGCUAUGCCACAACCAGUCCUUUGUUGCUAAUCUGUACUGAAAAACAAAUUAUUAACUUCUUCAAAUCCUUUUUGGGAAAGACAAAACAUGUUUUACUAGAGUGA